AUGGUCUUUACAUGUGGGAGCCAGGGCCAACACACAGAAUCAAGGAUCCCGGAGCUAGUCCCGUCAUCGACUUUCCUUGCUGUGGUUGGUCUCCAUCCGCCUCGCUUUGCUGCUCACGAGCAAGUGGGCGACGCGCCAGACUCUGAGAUUCACGAGACAGCGACAACGACGUCGGCGACGACCACCAUCACCACCUCCUCCAGGGAGAAGGAAGAGAAGGAAGCCGACCAAGAUGACAGCGUUGCAGCAGUGGCCGAGGGGAGCGUCCAGGCAACGACAGCCAAGGCAAGCUCCAUCCAUCUGCUGACCAGUGACAUACAGUCAGACAUUUCAUCGCCAGUCUUGCAUGGCACACGACACUGA